AUGCCACACGAGGAGGAAGAACCCGUGGGCUCUGGUAUCUUGGAGGAGAUACGCCGGCUCAGGCAGGAGCAUAAAGACGCAGCAGCGGAUAACAAACAGGCACUUGCUAGAGUGGAAAAAAGUAUCCAAGAUGUUGCGAAACAAAUGUCCACACUUGAAAAGCGAACGUCGGAGUUGGAGACGCGAGUGGGGAAUACGGAAGACCGCAUGACCCAGCUGGAAAAAGCCGUCGUGUAUCUCCUCCAAAGUGAAGCUAAGGUGGCGGCUAAAUGCAACGAACUAGAGGCAAGAGGGAGGCGAAAGAACAUCAGAAUACACGGGGUUGAAGAGCGGGCUGAGAAGAACGACGUCGUGGGAUUCGUGAAAGAGCUCAUACGCUCCAAACUGGAUCUGCCAACAGCGCAACUACGGAUCUUCUCGGAGGACGGGACCAACAGGACUGAGACGUUCGCAAGCCUAAAGGACGCGGCCUCGAUGCUACGCAACAUGGGAAUCUCCGUGGUGGAAGAGGACGAGUCUGAAUCUGAAAAGAUUAGACACGACAUCCUAAGUGGCAACUGGACCCUGGUGACAUCACAGGGACAGUCGAAAGGGCCAGCGUAA